AUGGCCCCCGACGCCCCGAUCAUCCUUCCCCAAUCUGGCGUGCGCAAUGUGCUGGUGACCAGUGCUUUGCCGUAUGUCAACAAUGUGCCACACCUAGGAAACAUCAUCGGUUCGGUGUUAUCAGCGGACGUCUUUGCCAGAUACUGCAGGGGGCGAGGAAUCAACACGCUCUAUGUUGGAGGUGAGCAACGUCCUUCGUUUCGGCAAGUCCGUGCUGAUCUUUCAGGGACUGACGAAUACGGAACCUCGACCGAAACUCGGGCGCAAAAGGAGAAAUGCUCGCCCCGGGAGCUGUGUGACAAGUUCCACGCCGUACACGCCCAAGUGUACAAGUGGUUCAACAUCAGCUUCGACGUCUUCGGGCGCACAACAACCCAACAACACACUGACAUCACACAUCAUAUUUUCCACAAGCUGGAGAAACAUGGGUUCCUUGAGGAGCGCCCGACGCCCCAGCCAUACUGCAAUACACAUGGCUCCUUCCUUGCGGAUCGCCUGAUCGAAGGCCAGUGCCCUCUUUGCAAAUUUCCGGAUGCCCGCGGCGACCAAUGUGACGGCUGCAGUCAGCUCCUCGAGCCCAUCAACCUUGUUGGCCCACGUUGCAAGCUGGAUGGAACCAUGCCCGUCACCCACGAGACACGUCACGUUUUUUUCAAGCUCGAUAAGUUGCAGCCCCAGGUUGAGUCGAUGCUGCACAAUGUAGAAAAAAGAUGGCCGACCAACGCCAGGUCCGCUACCGCGACUUGGCUCAAGCAGGGGCUGAAACCGUUCACCAUUACGCGGGACAUUCGAUGGGGCGUUCCAGUCCCGGGGUACGACAAAGUCUUCUAUUCUUGGUUUGACGCCUGCAUCGGCUACGUCUCCAUUACGGCUUGCUACACGGACCAGUGGGAGAGGUGGUGGCGCAACCCUGAUGUCCAGCUUUACCAAUUCAUCGGGAAGGACAAUGUCGUGUUUCAUUCCGUUGUCUUCCCAGCCACCCAGAUUGGCACUGGGGACGUGUGGACCAAGGUGCAUCAUCUGUCAACGACGGAUUUCCUCACCUACGAGGGCGGAAAGUUCUCCAAGAGCCGUGGGGUUGGUGUGUUUGGGGAUUCUGUGCAGCAAACCGACGUUCCUCCGGAUGUCUGGCGGUUUUAUCUGCUGUCUUGCCGACCGGAAACUGGCGACACGGAAUUUCGCUGGGAAGGCCUCAUAGAGGUUAACAACAACCUACUCUUCAAUGGCGUCGGUGGGUUUGUGAGCCGCGUCCUCCGGUUGGUGGUUGAUGAGUAUUCCAGUGUUGUGCCAAGGUGGAGCGAGGAUUACGGCUUCGUGAAAGUCACCAACGAUCUCCUAAACCGGUACAUCAAGGAAAUGGACGGCGUCGAGCUGCGUGCAGGGCUACUCACGGCCCUUGAGAUCUCGCGAUGUGGGGACACCCUUUUGAGCGGCGACUUGCAUACACAAGAACGCGCAUCCGUUGUGGGUUUAACGGUUAACCUCGUACACCUGCUUGCCUCUCUUUUGGCUCCUUACAUGCCCGAUACGGCGGCAGCUAUCAACACCCAGCUCCAGGCUGCGCCGCUGCCACUUCCGAAAUGUUGGUGUGCCGACUCUAUCAAAAUGGGCCAUCGGGUUGCAGCAUCGGAGAACAUGUUCUUCUGGAUUGAUCCACCUCGUGCUGAAGAAUGGCGGAAAGAAUUCGGGGGUGGGGAAGACAUGUGUCGAUAG